AUGGAGUACAACGACGUGCACUCGUCGUCCUCGCGGGCCUCGACGCCUCCAAGACGUCCCGGUUACCGCCAAGGCGCCCUCCCAGCACUCCCACAACAAGCCCGCAAGAAGCGAGAAACGGAGAAGAACGCGCCCCUGUUGAGCUCUGGUACGGCCAGUGGGAAGAGGAAGGACAUUCGCGCACCAGACGUCACACCCAAGAAAAGUCGACCUAGCUCGUCCAAGAGAAUACCGCCUCCAGAAGAGUCGUCGUCGCCUGAUAUGGGCAUUAUCAGCGCACUCCGGAAACACCCAGCUGCAGCCGCAGGGAAGGGCAAGGCCAAGGCGAAGGACCCACUGGACGUUAUUUCAUCCACACGAACGGCACGGCCUACAGUCCAGAUGUCCAAGUCGAAGCAACUAUCCCAGGAGCCCCGCAAAGACGGCACUCGUGGCGACCCUGGCCGCAUGAAGGGCUCUGCAUUCGACAAGGUACAGGAAACUCUUCGCAAAGCUCCCACGACUCCCGAGCGGCGGCGGCGUUUGACUCCCUCCUCCUCGCCAGAUCCCAUUGACUCGCUAGAUGGGGGCAGUGGCCACGACGACGACGACGACGAUGACGAUGAGGUGCUGUCCCGCCCUACAGUCCUCGGGUCGCGACAGGACAAUGUCGACAGGCCAAGGAAGGCAGUGGUUGACUUGACCUACGACUCGUCCGUCAAGACUCCCACCAAGGCCAAGAAGACCAUCUCGCGGACUCGGUCGGUGAUCAGCGUCGCAACGGACGAUGACGUAACGCCAAAGGCGACAGGAUCGUGGCGCGACACGAAGAUUUCGAAGAAGUUUGACCAGCCAAAACCCGAACGCGACCGUCAGAAAGCAGAGACAAACGAACACGAUCAAAAGGCGGCUCGGAAGCGCGGCGACCCAGUCCAGAAGCACAAGAUUGACAAGGCGCCUUCUGGUAACGAAUACUUCCAAACUCUUUCCUUGAAGUUGCCCGAGGACAAGCAGAAAGCACUCGACGAGGACAAGGAGGAGAAGGAUCAACAGGAUCGCCGGCUGGAUUACGAGUCGAAGCAAAAGGUCGAGGAGAUGCGCAAGAAGGGCAAGGCGGUAUCCGCCGACGCCAACAGCUUCUUCAGCGCCAUCGGUCCGUCACUGUCCCAGGAAUCACGAACGGAGCGCAGGAAGGCAAAGGAGGAGGAGCGAAUCACGGCAAAACUCAAGGAGGCCACUUCGUACCGCUUUGAAGGAGACGAGACUUAUCGAACCCCUACCAAACCCGCCAACGCCUUUUGCGAUACCAGCAACCUCUGUCCUCACCCCUCGCCCGACCUUGUUGACCUCCGCUCCCACCUCGAGGACACUGUGGCUGGACGACCCGAGUGGCACCAGACGAUUGAUUUCUGUGGACUCCACCGCGCGGAGGCGACUACUAUCCCAUUCGGCCUGCAGACAGGUUACCCACCCAAGAUCGACUUUGAGAGGCUUGAUCGCCGUCUUGAGACUGGCUUUGUUCGCUCCCGCCUGCGCCGUGUCCUCCACAAGCCUCACCUGUCCAAGUUUUUCCGCCGAGCUGCUCGCGAGAUCGAGGACAUGGGCAUUGCUGCGUGGCGUGACGUGUCAUACCAGUCGUCUGACAAGGUGCUGUCCGUGUCAAGCCCUGGAUAUUAUGGCGAAGUCGGCGGCGCUAUCAUGAUUCAGCAUUUCCAGCACCUCGUCAAGUGGGGCCACCUUCCUUCCCUGCAGACCACCGCUGUCCACCCACUCUCGGUCAGCGACUUUAUCAUUACGGUACUCGUGCCCGAGGCGGCCGUGUUACUCAUUAUGGAGGACAAAGGGUGGACUGGGGAACAGUGCCGGGGCGACUCGUGGGACAAGGCACGCGCCGUUGCCAUGGAGCUACGCACUGCCAGCGCCCAGUUUGGCCGCUGGCGCUACCGAGAAAAGGGAAUUGAGGGCAAGAAAGUGCUGAGGCAGCUGGAGCGUGGUGCUGCACGGAAGCGCAAGAGGCUCGAGGAGGAGCGCGAGAUGGACGAGCAGAACCUCCUUCGUCGGAUCGACGACGACAAGCAAUCGGCUCGGCGUGCGGUUGAUGUCGAGACGAUUGUUAUUGUCAGCACGGAUACACCCGACCCCAGCGACUAUGGCGAGGAUGACGACUGGACCGAGGAGGCCAUGGCAGUGGCGACCAGAGUCGAGACGAGCACAAAGUCGACCCGCCUCACUGAAUCCCGCCACCAGGGCCACUCGUCCACCAGCAGCUUUGGCGACUGGGACGACGACUUUGCAAUCGCGGCUGUGAAUUUUGACGCAUCGUCUCACCAAGUGUAA